AUGGUGGAAACAUCUAAAAACCACCACCGUGACCACCAGCACUUGGUACUGAAAUUGGCAACAUGUUCGAGACUCCUCCUCCUCACCCUAAUCAUCCUCUUCCGCACUCUUGUCUCCCCCUACGACACAUCCGCACCCUUAAACCCUCCCUGCCUCUCCACCCCCAACGCCACCCUCCCCUCCCACCUCCAAAACGCCGUCGUUUGGGACUCUGUCUACUUCCUCCGCAUCGCUCAAUGCGGUUACGAGUACGAACAAUCCUUCGCUUUCCUCCCCCUCCUCCCCCUCUCUCUUUCCCUCGUCUCCUUCCUCCCCGUCCAAACACCCCUCUUCGCUCUUUCCGCUUACCUCAUCAACAACCUCGCCUUCGUUCUCGCUGCUCUCUACUUCUACAGACUCUCCCUAACCCUUUUGAAGGACCCCGAAACAGCGUUAAGGGCUACUCUUUUGUUCUGCUUCAACCCCGCCUCUGUCUUUUAUUCAUCCAUAUACUCGGAGAGUUUGUACGCUCUUAUGUGUUUUGGAGGGAUGUACCACUUCGUGUGCGGCGGAAACCAUUUGGCCGUUUUUUUCUUCGCGCUUUCCGGCUUAGCAAGGUCUAAUGGGGUGCUUAAUGCUGGCUAUCUCUGUUUUCAGACCAUGCAUCGCUCUUAUCACGCUCUUUUUCACCAGAAGCGUCUUCCUUUGGCUUUGCAGAUUAUUGUUGUUGGAGCUUUACGUACGGCAUGUAUUUUUGCUCCAUUUGUAGCUUUCCAGGCUUAUGGUUAUUAUAACAUGUGUGUUGGACGUUCCCACGAUGAAAUAAGGCCCUGGUGCAAGGCAAGGAUACCGUUACUUUACAGUUACAUUCAAAGUCAUUAUUGGGGUGUUGGUUUCUUGCGAUAUUUUCAGCUGAAACAGUUGCCUAACUUUCUUCUGGCAUCCCCAAUACUGUCUCUGGCACUGUGCUCAAUUGUUCAUUAUGCCAAGUCAAGGCCUCAGACUUUUUUCUCAUUGGGUUUUUUAGCUCCAAUGGAGGAAAAGAGCUGUGGAGUUGUGUUUUUGUCAGGUGAUCUCUCAAGGUCCAAAGAAGCUGAAAGUGUGGGGAAAUCCUCCUCUGUUAGGGUAGAAGAACACUUAAAUCUUAGGAGGAGAAAGAAUGUGAUCAAGGGAGACGUUGCUACUGUUCCCAUAGAAUCUGAGUCAACAGAAGCAUGGCCAGGAUACUUGUCUGCAUCUGUUCUCCCAUUCGUGUUACACUUGGCAUUCAUGGCAUGUACUGUUUUCUUUGUCAUGCAUGUACAGGUGGCUACUCGUUUCUUAUCUGCCAGCCCUCCUCUUUAUUGUUACAAAUUUGCUGUUGUUAAGCACCACUUCACAUUUUUGCUUCUGCGGUUUGAAUGGAAGGAGACAUUUCUAUUCCACUCAUUACAGUCGAGACCUUCCUUUACAAACUUGAAAGUUGCUUUUUCUACAUUUCAGUUUAGUCAAAUGCUGCGAUCUCGACGGCGCUCCCCGUACGGCGCCUACCUGUGCGCCGUUGUCUCUGCGGUGCUCCUACUCCUCUCCGUCUCCCUCCUCUACUCCCGCCUCUCCCGCUCCCAUCACUCCAACCACCUCUCCCGCCCCUCCCUCCUCUCCCACUCCGCCGACCUCUCGGAUGACCCCAUCGAUGAGGUUGACUUCGUGGACGAAACCUUAGAGCCCCCGGUCCUGCGCCUCAACCCGUCCCCCUAUUACUACUUCGAUCCCCUCACCGCCUCCAUUCGCCGCUCCUUCCUCUCUCCUCCCUCCCUCCGCCAAUCGCACACUGACAACAAGUUCCCCCUUCGAUCCCCCGACCACGACCCUUCCAAGGCCGCCUUCGCCUCUGACGAUGUCCCCGUCGACGACGCCAUCAAGACCUUGGCCGCCCGCGUCACCACAGUCGAGGAUGCGCUCCUCCUGAAAAACUCUCCUCUCAGGGAUGGCUGGGGCGACUGGUUCGAUAAGAAAAGCGUCUUUCUCAGGAAAGAUAGAAUGUUCAGAUCCAACUUAGAUGUGUUGAACCCCCUGAGCAACCCCUUGCUUCAGGAUCCCGACGCUGUCGGAGCCACCGGACUCACCAGGGGCGAUCGCAAUGUGCAAAAGUGGUGGAUUCACGAGUGCAAGAAAGUCCCGUUCCCUGGUACCAAGAAGGUUCCUCUUAACAUUAAUGUACUACCCACCCCAGUCAAGAAAGUAGGCACAGAACGCAGAACUUUGAAUUAUAACACCAUCAACAACAAUAAUAAUGAUCAUGAGAUUAUUCAGGAUGUUAUGGAUUCAGUUACCAAUGGUGGUGAAUCAAAUAUUCAGAAAGAUGCUACUGUCAUUAGUGCUAGGGCGCAGUCUAUGAAGAAUCAUAUAUAUGCGGAUGGGGAUACUUGGGGGUACUAUCCCGGAUUGCCGUUGCGAUUGCCAUUCAAUGACUUCAUGGAUGCGUUUUUCAGGGUGGGAAAAUGUGUUACCAGGGUAUUUAUGGUGUGGAAUUCACCGCCUUGGAUGUACACUGUUCGGCAUCAGCGUGGCCUUGAGAGUUUGCUCUUUCAUCACCCUGCUGCUUGUGUUGUUGUGUUCUCUGAGACAGUUGAGCUUGAUUUCUUCAAAGAUAGCUUUGUUAAGGAUGGUUACAAGGUUGCUGUUGCCAUGCCAAAUCUCGACGAGUUGCUGAAGGAUACGCCAGCUCAUAUUUUUGCUUCUGUGUGGUUUGAAUGGAAGAAGACAGAGUUCUAUUCCACUCAUUACAGUGAGCUUAUCCGCCUAGCUGCUCUGUACAAGUAUGGAGGGAUUUAUUUAGACUCAGAUAUCAUAGUUCUGAAGCCAAUUUCUUUUCUUAAUAAUUGUGUUGGUAUGGAGGAUGGUGGUGCUGGAAGUGUUUUGAAUGGUGCUGUGAUGGCUUUUCAAAGGCACAGUUUAUUCAUAAAGGAGUGCUUGGAAGAGUUCUAUACGACGUAUGAUGAUACCAGUUUGAGAGGGAAUGGUGCUGAUCUUCUGACGAGGGUUGCACAAAAAUAUUUGGUAGAGGAGAAUAAAUCCGUCAAGCGCUUGAAGUUGAAAGUAGAACCCUCUUAUAUUUUCUUCCCUGUUAGUUCUCAGAACAUAACAAGAUACUUUAUUGCACCGACAACAGAGACUGAUAAAGCUCAACAGAAUGUGCUGCUUGAAAAUAUCCUGCUCCAGUCAUUGACAUUCCAUUUUUGGAACAGCUUGACAAUUUCUCUCAUCCCUGAACCAGAUAGCCUUGUGUCUAGGCUUUUGAAUCAUGCAUGUAUCCGAUGCUUGGAAUUACUAUGA